UUGAGUUUGUGUUUUUGUUUGUUUUACUGUUUUUGGAAAAGCGCGCAACAGCUUCAAAUCACAAUGACAGUAAAAAACAGCAAACCCGUCGCGCUUGACAGGCGCUACGAUUUGGCCUCGCUGUUCUGCAUGAUCGGGAGACACGGUCCCGCCGUGGCUAUGGCCAUACUGGCGAUGGUAUCCGUGCUGGCGGCUUUCAUCAUUUACCGGACCGUGCGGAGGAAAAGGAGGAAGCCCACAGCCGCUGAAAGUGACAGCAAGACGGCGGGAGCGGAGAAAGACGCAGCGGGGAUCCAGUCUGGACCGGAGCCAAGUCGGGGGGAUACGCACGGCUCCGUGGAGUCAACAGAAGAGGGGGAUGGGCCGUCACCAGACCUGCUGGAGGAGGAUGCUGAUCUGAUUCAGGAUCAUCUCGGCACUGAGGAGAGCUGUGCUGCUGCUGCUGCUGCUGAUGUUGACGUUGAAGACUCCUACACCGUCUUGGAGGCUGUUGAGAAGAAACCUCCGCUUUGUUCCCCUCCUAAGACUGAAAACGAAACCCCAACCUACGAGAAUAUCAAAAAAGAUGAUCUGGUGGAAACAGAAGCUACCAUUCAGAGCCCUGAGUGUGACAUUAACACUUUCAGUGCACCUGAGAUGUACUCUGAGGAGGUGAAUCAAACCUCCCAGUGUGAUGCUGAUAAUGAGCUUCAGAUAGAGGAGGUCGAGGAUGUUGUUGAGUGCCACCUCGAUCCCAUGGACAACACCGAAGAUGAGUCUGUUAACAAUGUAGAAAAGAGCCAUGAUAACGAAAGCUGCUUGAAAGAGCCUGAGUCCAUCGAUUAUGAGAGCUGCCAAGAGGAAGAGACUGAGAAGGUGUAUGAAGCAGAAUAUGAGGAGGUGGCUGAAUCUGCUUGUCCAGGUGAGGACAUGACCACAGACAUGAAAAGUGGACAAGAUGAUGAAGACUUCCAGUGUGCUGUGAAAGAGUUGCUUAGCCAAACACCAUGCAUCAGUGAAGAUGGUGAUGAUGACAAGCUGCCAGAAAACGAAAUGAGACAGGGAGGAGGGGAUUUGCAGUCUGACUUAAAAGAGCUUGUAGCUUGCAUCCCUGAGGUCAAAGAUGAGGAGUGUAAAGAAGAGAAUUACUGUGCAGAUAGUAUUGAUUCCAAUUAUUGCAGCGAUGCAAACCUCCCUGUGAAGGAGGAAAAUAAAGGUGAGAUCAAAGAUGAGGAGGAGUGUGCAGAGUGUGUAGACUAUCAGCUAAUGGGUCAGCAAGCUGAGGCUUGGGACACAGUAGCUGAACAGGAAAUGAAUCUGCCAGUGUCAGAGCUGCCAUCAAUCCACCAGCAACAACUGAACGAGCAACGUGACCAGUGUGAGCAUGUCACAGACAAAGUGACCCUGAUCAGUUGGGAUAGCGUUGAGGAUGUUGGUGGUGGUCUAGCUGGUCAAGUAAUUGAGGAAGAUAUCAGUGAAGACAUUGAUCACUUGAACGAAUGUCCUGCUGUUGCAUAUGACCCCAAUUUGCCGUGCCUCAAUGAGCAACAACCCCAGAUUGAACAGAAAGAUGAAAACCAUCAUCCAACAUGUGAUCCAGAAGAGUGUGUUCUUCCCACUGUGGCUGAUCAACUGAAAGAGGAAACUGUGGCAAAUGCUGAUGUCAGUGAUCAUCGUGACAAUUCAAGUAUGGUGCUCAGCCCACUCCUGCCCACUUCACACCUCCCGGGUGAACAAGACAAGGAUGAAAAAGGUGAUGAUGGUCCAGCAGGUGUCAUUACUGAUGCAGAGGGACACAUGGCAAGUGUUGCAUAUUACCCUCAUGUGUCAUCCUCCUGUGAACAACCGCAAAGUGAACAGAAAGAGACUGAAGAUGAAACGGCACCAUCUGUGGAUGAAGAUGCUCACAUGAAUAUACAUGACCCUGUCUUGCCAUCUUGUGACAGUGAAAUUCAGUGGGAAAAGAGCAACAGUGGGACGCUACGUGCGUUGGCUGAAGAUGGAAAUGCUCCGGUGUGUGACCCUUGCCUGCAGUCUUUACACCAAGACCAAGAAAAUGACCAUGUCGUAAAUAAGAAAGCUUUUGACAAGGCAGAUAUUUCUGCUAAUCCCGAUAUGGUUGCUUGUGAUGGUGAGAACAUUAUAGCUCCUGUAGUGGCUGAAGAAAUGUCUGGUCCUCCCCUAUCAUCCGUCUACCAAGACCAAGAAAAUGACCAUGUGGUAAAUAAUGAGGCUGAUGAGAAGGCUAGUAUUCCUGCUGGUACUGAUGCAGCUGCUUGUGAUGUUGAGAACAUUACAGCUCAUGUAAUGGCUGAAGAAAUGCCUGCUCCUCCUAUGCCAUCUUUCUACCAAGGCCAACAAAAUGACCACAUUGGAAACAAUGAAACUUUGGAAGAGGCUAAAGUUGCUGGUGGCCCCAUUGUGGCUGCUUGUAAUGUUGAGAACAGCACUGCUCCUGUUUUGACUGAAGAAAUGCCUGAUCCUCCCCUGCUGUCUUGCUGCCAAGACCAAGAAAAUGAUCAUGUGGUAAAUCAUGAGGCAUUUGAGAGGGCUAGUAUUUCUGCUGGUACUGAUGCAGUUGCUUGUGAUGCUGAGAAUAUAUCUGUUCCUGUAAUGGCUGAAGAAAUUCCUAGUCCCCAUCUCACUUGUUACCAGGGCCAACAAAAUGACCACAUUGGAAACAAUGAAACUUUGGAUGAGGGUGGUGUUGCUUCUUGUCCCGUUGUGGCUGCUUGUGACGUUGAGAGCAUCGGUGCUCCUGUUAUGACUGAAGAAAUGUCUGGUCCUCCCCUGUCAUUGUUCUACCAAGACCAACACAGUGACCACAUGGUAAAUAAUGAAACUUUGAAAGAGGCUGGUGUUGCUGCUGGUCCCGAUGUCAAUAGCAUUGCUGCUCCUGUCAUGGCUGAAGAUAGCGACCCUCCACUGUAUCAUCUCGACCUGCCUUCUUUAAAGCAAAGUGAGCAGAAGGUAAAUGACGAUGGCAGCGUUUUGUCUCCUAGUGUUGAUGAUGAGAGCGGUAUUUCAAGCAUGACGUUCAGCCCCGAUUUGCAUUCUCCUCCAUUCUUCAAAGAGGUUGACGAUGAUUAUACUACCCUGUCAGCUCCCAGCACUGUUGAAGAUCCUGGACUUCCUGUUCUCGGUUUUGACCCCUGUCUGACAUCUUGCCACCAACCAGUGGAGACACAUUAUAGCCAAUACAUUCAUGAUGACAUGUCUAAGUCUCACAGCAUCACAGGUAUGGUGUUUGGCCCUUUCCCAACACCUGUGUACCAGCAGCGCCACAGUGAGCGCACAGACCAGGCCAUUUGCAAGUCAUUUGCAGGCAACGAUGAUAUGUUGGGCCAGGUGAUUGAGGACAACUACAACAAAGAGAUUGAUAACUUUAGCGAGAAGAUUGCAAUUACUAUCACAAAUUUCUGCGAUGACCUGAAAAAGCAGACUGAGGUGAAGGAUUUAGUUGAGAUGAAAGAGAAGAAGGAAAGAGGAGGUGAUAAAAAAGAGGGAAUGCAUGCAGAGGAUGAGAAAGAAGAGGAUUUUGAGAAGACGGAGAUCAGUAUCAUGGAGGCAACCAUGGACAACAAUGAAUGGAUCACAGAUGGCAACUACCAAGUCCUUCCAUGGAUGAGUUUUUCCCUGCCAUCAUUUCCCCAAAACCAAACAAAAACCGACCAACUCCCCACAGAGGAACACCAGCAUGAUGACUCAACUGUCCCUGUCACAGAAACAGCUGCUGCUUCUGUGGAAACAACAACCACAGAUAUUACACCUUCCACUGAUGCUAAAGAAUCCAGCGCUCUUUCACUCAUAGAUGAAAACAUAGAAAAUAACAAAAAGGUUGUGGCAGUCCAGCCCAUGCCACAGAAUGUCAAUGUGACUUUCUGCGUCCACUACCUCACGCACUCCCCAAGCCAGAAGGUGGCUGUCACUGGGAACCAGCAGGAGCUGGGGAGCUGGAAGGAGUUUAUCCCACUGGAGAGGGCUAAAGAUGGGUACUGGGCCAGCGUGAUCAGCCUCCCUGCCGAGAGCCAUGUGGAGUGGAAGUUUGUGCUGCUGGACGAGGGUGAGGUGUGUCGCUGGGAGGAGUGUGACAACCGUUUGCUCGAUACAGGCUACGGCGAUGACCUGCACGUGCAUAAAUGGUGGGGAUUCCUGUAAGUGGGAGGGAAAAAAAGAGCUGCAGAGGUGAGAGAAGUUGUGGUGUGUGGUAUGUUUGGAGUGAAUUGCAAUUCCAUUUUCCCUCCUUUUCUUUUAAAUGUUAAAUUCUUCACUCACUGUUGUGGACUGAAAUAAAAAAAAUAAAUAAAUAAAUAAAUAAAACAGUGCUGAAUAAGCUUUAGGUACUGGAUCAGAUAUCACGUGACCACAGUUGCAGUCUCAAAGGGCUUCAUAACAAGGAUAACUUCCAUGAAAACACCAUCAAUCACAUUUUGUCAAUACCUUCAGAGUACAGUAACCUAAUAAGACUUUUCUUAGAUGAGUGCCCUUCACAAGGCCAGGAUAGACUGAGUUAGUGAGCACUCAUAGUUAGACUGUAAGCAAGCACCACAUAAAAUAUCCUUUUUUAUGUUGCUGUGGCAAUGUCUAUGAUUAUGCAAUUUGCACCUCUUUAGAAAUGAGUGAUUAAAUGCAAGUCAUUUUGAUGAAUACGGAGAAUUUGUUAUUCUCCUGUACUUUAUGUCCUUAUGCUGCUUGAAUACUCCCAAACAAUGUGUGAGAUGAAAUGCACAUAGUUCACUUUUACUACAGCAAUAAUCAAAGCAAUAAUUAUUCAGUACAUUGUAUGAUUGGUGUAAAUCAGGUAUUCUAAAUUGUUUACUAUACUGUGAUAUAAUUGUACAUUUUAUGCUGCUUUUUCCCCCAUGGGAUUCUGUGCAUGCAAGAAUGACCCAUUGUUAUAUGAUAGUGCCUUUUUAAAACCUGUUUUUUUUUUCUUUUUUUCUUUUUCUGUAUUAUCAUGCAUCACCACUUUGUGGAUUUUCUGUAUGAAAUGGCUUUGCUGGAUGUAAUUUUGUUUGUUUGACCUCAUAACCGCAUAAAUCUGUUAACAGUUACAUUACACACACAUUUUUUUUUUUUUUUAAUGCUUUUACUUUUCCCUGAUUUCUUUGUCAAGUUGUAGUUCUCAAUGUAGAUUAUACACACUGUAUCUCAGAUAUAUCAGACUAUCAUAUGCAAUAUUGUAAUAAUAAUCCUACUCUUGAAUGUCAUUAAGUUGGGGUGGCGGAGUUGUUUACCAAAUAAAUUAAUUUUACAAGGCU